GGCAGCCAUCUUGCGUACGGCGGUGCAGUUUCCCAGAUGCUGAGGGUUUGGGUGUUAGUUUCUCUGUGCUUUGGGGGGUGUUUGCGCUUUGCUUUCACCUUUUCAGAUGUUCGUAUCUUUCUAGACCACGAUUUUAUUGCGAGGUAAAAGUCAAUGUAGUGUAAGAUGCCUUAUGGUGAAAUUGAAGUGAAAUCCUUGGAUCAUGGUGAAGAACUAACAGGUGAACCAUGCUAUAAAAAACUGAAGUCAACUGAAGAGGCUUAUGUUUUCUCCCAUCAUGGUAGUGCUAAUUUUCACAGAAUCCAAGAGAAAACUGGGAAUGAUUGGGUCCCUGUGACCAUUGUUGAUGUCAGAGGGCAUAGUUAUCCUCAGGAGGACAACACCAAAACUACAGACUUGGUGAAACCUGUGCACGAUGAGAUUCCUGGCAAUAGUAGAUCAGAUGUUAUUGAAUCCAUUGAUCCACAAGUUUUACAGGAUGCAAGUCCUGCAUUGGUAUCCAAAGAUGAUGAGAUAUAUAGCACAAGUAAAGCAUUUAUAGGACCCAUUUACAAACCUCCUGAGAAGAAGAAAUAUAAUGAAAGGGGAAAUCACUCAGAUGCAAUCAGUGGUACAGAUGGCAAAGGAGGACAAGAACAGAAACAGAAAUUCAACUCCAAAAAAUCAGAGCUUGACAGCGAAUUAUUCCAGUUUUACAAGGAAAUUGAAGAGCUUGAAAAUGAAAAAGAUGAUUUGGAAGGCAGUUGUAAAGAACCCAAACCCUCUGAGGAAAAACUUAUUACGCAUUAUCAGGACCAUUAUAAUGAGCUGUUAAAAUCUGAAGAAGGAAAGGAAAGAGAUACUAGUAAUGUUCUUCAGUCACAUUGUGGUUUUCAGCAGCAGGUGGAGAAUGAACCAGGCAAAUAUCCUUGUAAUGGACAAGUAAUACCUGCAUUUUGUGAAGAUUCGUUAAUUUCCUUCAGGCCUGAAUGGCAGUCAGUGCAUUAUUUUAUAGUACCCCAAGGUCCUCCUCCUCCUCCCAUUUUUAACUGUCAUUUAAAUAUGCAAAGAUUUAGUGCUCCACUAAAUCCACCAUCAAAUAUUUUCCAUGCUCCAGAUGGGUCUCAGCAUCAAAAUGGGUAUUAUGUAAAUAGUGGUCACAUUAACUGGCAUUGUUUGACUUUUGAUCAGAACAAUGACUAUAUUGACUGUAGUGAGAAUCCCAAUAGAGAUGAUUCCUCUACAAAUGGUUACAGUGUGCAAGAUGCAUAUGUGAGUAACGGUUUCUGUGAAACCAGGGAAGGAUGCUGGAAAGAUCCUUCUAUGGACAAGCAUAAUGGAACAGACAGGCUUAUGAACCAGCAGUUUCAAGAUGAAAAGUUAAAUAAAUUGCAGAAGUUACUUAUUCUUUUAAGAGGUUUGCCUGGUUCUGGGAAAACAACGUUGUCUCGAAUUCUGCUUGGUCAGAGUCGUGAUGGCAUUGUAUUCAGCACUGAUGACUAUUUUCACCAUCAAGAUGGGUACAGGUAUAAUGUUAAUCAACUUGGUGAUGCCCAUGACUGGAACCAGAACAGAGCAAAACAAGCUAUCAAUCAGGGGAGAUCUCCAGUUAUAAUAGACAACACUAAUACACAAGCUUGGGAAAUGAAACCAUAUGUGGAAAUGGCCAUAGGAAAAGGAUACAGAGUAGAGUUUCAUGAACCUGAAACUUGGUGGAAAUUUGAUCCUGAAGAAUUAGAAAAGAGGAAUAAACAUGGUGUAUCUCGAAAGAAGAUUGCUCAGAUGUUGGAUCGUUACGAAUAUGAAAUGUCCAUCUCUAUUGUAAUGAAUUCAGUGGAACCGUCACACAAAAGCACACAAAGACCUCCUCCUUCACAGGGGAGACAGAGAGAAAGAGAUUUGAAGAAAACUGGGCACAGGCUCAGCAAAACCAAACAGAAGAGAAGCAGAAAAAGAAAUAAAAAGCAGAACAGUCAUAGUAAAAUCAUAGAGGAAAACUCACUUGAAACCUUAAGUUAUCGUACGCCAGGAGAUCAGGACUCAUCUCAAAGUGAAGAGGAAGACUUGGAAGACACCAAAAGAGAAUCGGCGUACACUUACACUGGUGGGCUGGGAAAUGAACAAGGAGAUUUAGUGAACAGCCACAAAGAUGAAGUAUGGAAAAGCAUAAAUCCUGAAGAUAGUUUUCCAAAUGUUGUAUCUGUAGUUGAGCUGGACAAUACACCAAAAAAUUACCUCCCUAAGGAAAACAAUGAUUUGUUUCAAAAUAUGUCAUUGAUGUCAAAUGAAAACUCUAUAACUUGCCCAACAAUGACUCAGAAUCUUUCCUGUGUAGCAAGUGAUGGCUGCUCAGGCACGAAGGUAGGAAAGCAUCCUGGACAUAGGCAUCCCACGGCAUCAGACAUCCAGGGCAGAUCCACUGAUGUCCCCUGCUCAUUUAUGCAGAAGAGAGAGAAGGUAGAUAAAAGACUCCAGAAUGAAACAAUUCUGUGCCAUCAGUAUGGGUCCAGAACCUCAGAUGAAGGUUUAAGAAAGGAACAAGGAGUAAAUGCAACUAAAAACAAUUAUUGGGCAUUUUUCUCAAACAAUCUAUCUGAUGAAGAAUUACAGCUGGGCUCUGAGAGACAACCCUGUUUGGGGAGCUGGCCUGAGGGACCUCAUAAAUUUAUAUGCGAACAAAGACCAAAGAAAGAUAGAUGGCAAAAGCUGGCCUCUCCAGACAGCAGAGGACAAUUGAUUACAUUGAUCUCCACUUCUGAAGAAACUUCAGUACCAGGAAGCAGUCCAGAAACAUUGGUAGAAGAGAAGCUCUUGGUAGAAAAUGAAGAUUUGUCACCCUCAGCUGAGAAUACAGAUUCAGUCAUAGCAACAGAAACUAGUAUCUUUAGAAGCUGCUUGCCUAAACUGGAUAUCCCAAAGAGUGACUUACACUCCACAAAGAAUAAGAAGAGGAGAGAGAAAAGGAUUUUCAAUUUGGCACCAAACUUUAACUUACUGGCACAGAGCUAUAUCAGUGUAAAAGAAAGAGGGGAAUGUGGCUUGCUAACAGAAAGCCAUGGGCUAAAAAUUAUUUUGGAAGAAGAAAAAGAUAGAAUUUCAGAAAUAAAUAAUAAAGAGGAGAAUACACAGAAACUUAUGACCUUUAAUCAUCAUCCAUCAUGGUUUUACUUUGAUAUUACCAAAGAUCCUCCUCUAAAUAUUGGUAGACCAUCUUAUUCUCAUUACUUGACAUUUAAUAGACACUCUGUAUAUUUUUACAGAAAUCCUAUUCCUUCUCUUGUGCUACAAUAUACAUCUAGCUUUCGGAUGGUAUCUUUUACAAGCAAGAAGUCAUUUUUGACGUUCAAAUCUCAAACAAGGGUAGAUAACCAACUAAGUGACAUAGGGUUUAGUUCUUCAGAAAUUUUAAGUAGCCAAGCUGAUCCUUUGUACUCUUUUAGGGUCACUUCUGAUCUUCACCUUUUAAAUGAAAGUUUUGAUGAGAAACUGAGGAUAUGGCAAGAACCUAAGCCGUUACAGUUCUUGCAAACUGAGGAUAACCAAGAUUUAACAAGCACUGGCUUUGAUGCCCUUGAGCUGCAGUUAUCACAAGGGUUUGCCUUUCAACUAGUGAAGCUUUUUGGAUCCCCUGGAGUUCCAAUGGAAUCUUUGUUGCCUAAUGACUGUGUGGUUUCCCUUGACUGGAAGACACUGAAGAUGAUCUACUUGCAAUGGAAGACAUCAGUAGAGAAAAGACAGAAGAAGAUUGGUUAAAAAUGAGAAUUUCCGGAACUUUGAAUUCUUCGGUCUUCCUGGUGCUGUUGAAGAUCCUAACCAUCAAGAAAGAGUGCUCAGUGCCCACCCAAAGGAUUAUUUCCAGCGAUAUACUCAUGGGAUACCAAAAUUGGUUUGAAUAAUCUGUCCAACCGUUCUUGAUUAGUUAUCUGAAUAAUAAAAAAACUCAACAAAAGAGGUAACAACUUGAACAUUUUAUUACCUAAUUUUGAAGAUGUUUGCCCUACUUUAAUUUGUUUUAUGGAAGAAAAUAAGGCACGGAAAACUUUAGUAGUUUAUUUUAAAAAUCGCAUCAGGAUGGAAGGGUAGGCCUUAUAUCCAAGUAUGGUGUGUGAUUCCAUUUCUAAAAUUCUAAAAUCCA